UCCAUUUUAUUCAACUCUUCCUGUUUUAACUACCUUUAGUGGCACCCACGAUACAUCACAUUAACAUCUCCCACUUUACAAUAUCUUUUAGUUCAAUAUUUGUAUCUUUGUCGUCCCUGUAGUUUUCAUUGUCAUGCUUAAAGGUCGUUGCUGUUGUCUUUUUUAGAUUUUGUUUUUUUUUUAAAUGACGAAAUUUGAAGACUUCUUGAUGCAGCAAAGUGAUGAGAAGCAGAAAAGAAGUGAGCUUGAGGAGGAGGUUGAGAAAUUGCAGGCAGAAUUAGAUGGAGAAUUGACACUCAACAAAGUUUUGCAAUGUGCACUUGGUGGCCCUGUUAUUUCACAUCCUCUUCUUUCCUCUUUUCUUCCACCUCAGGUUCAUGUGCUUCUUUCAGAGCUGGCAAUGGUGGAGGAAGAAAUAGUGUGGCUUGAGAGGAAAGUUGAAGAGCUGAAAAUGAGAUUGUAUCAUGAAAAGAAACAGACCAAGGAAUGGCAAAUGCAGAAGUCACAGACAGAGAAGCAACAGAGGAGGCUGCGGCGGGCUAAUCACUUGUUAUGUGGACCUGAAAAUCCAUCGAUGCUCAAUAAGGAUCUCCAAGUUCGAACCAGGUCUCAAAAUUAUGAUGAAUUCAGAAAAAGAAGAAUGAGAAGUAGUAGAAGAGCUUCUGUGGGUUCUGAAAUAGAGAUCUUAAGCAUGUCUUCUACAGGGUUCCCUGAAGAAAUUUAUGAGAAAUCAAGGAGGCAUACAAGUAGAAUCCCAAAACAUUCUUCUGCUGUUGAUAAAGAAACUGCCUGUGAGAAACCAAAUUUACUCUCAGAAGAACUCAUCAAAUGCCUAAUAGGCAUAUUUCUAGACAUGAACCAGUCGGCUCAAGAUCGAGAAGGAUCAGCCAUUGUUCCGAAGCUUAGUCUCUCCUGCAUGAAUUCAAAAGGCUUCAUAUCAAAGAAUGCAUCAAGUCUUGAUCCUUAUGGCAUAUUGCCAGAUUUAGAUGGCAGCAUCAGAGACAUAGGUCCAUACAAGAACCUCAUCCACAUCACAAGAAGCUUCUUAGACAUCAAUCGUUUCGCAGAAUGUCUAUCAGCAGUCAGAAAAUUGAGGGUUUUGAUGCAUAAACUAUCCAAUGUAGACUUGACAUUCUUGACUUACAAGCAGAAGCUAGCAUUUUGGAUCAACAUCUACAAUGCCUGCAUAAUGCAUGCAUUUCUAGAACAUGGGUUGCCCUCUACACAGGAGAAAUUACUCGCACUCAUGAACAAGGCUGCACUGAAUGUGGGUGGUAUAGUACUGAACUCGCUGGCAAUUGAACACUUUAUCCUUCGACAUCCCUGUGAAGCAGCAUCUGAACCCACAUACCAGAAAGAAACGCUUCUAAGGCAUGCAUAUGGUUUGGGGUAUCCAGAGCCAAAUGUGACAUUUGCCCUUUGCAGAGGCAGUUGGUCCUCACCAGCAGUAAGCACUUCACACUCAUAUGUAUUAAUUUAA